AUGCUGAACAAUAAUACCACUAAGAAAAGCCCUUCAAAGCGUAGGAAAAAGAAUGACGUUUUGUCCAUUGAAAAUAAUAUCGAAAACAAAUUGAAAAAUGGUCAUGGAACUGAAGAGAAGGAUGCCACCAAAGAUAAGGGAAAGAAAAAAGGUCGCAGAUCUAUUCAACGAAGAUCCACUUCAUCUUCAGAGAGGUCCUUGUCACCAACUAUUGAUUGUUUAGUUAAUUUUGAUAAAAAUGCUGGUCGUAGUGAUGUUAUGCCAUCUGUGCCGGAACAGCCGACAGUCGUCUUACCCGCCAGAGUAACCAGAAGAUGUUUUGAUGCUAUCCGCAAACUUGCCGAAGAAAAUGCCAAAGCUGCUGCGGAAGCCGAAAGAAGAGAUAAGGAAAAUGCUAGUAAAAACAAAGGACGUGGUAGAGGGAGAGGACGUGGUCGGGGGCGAGGACGUGGUGGUGGUCGUAAUGCCGUUGCAGAAGAUUUACCAAAUGACAAUAGCUGUUCUAAUAACACCGACGUUUCGGAUGAGGAAUAUGUACCACAAUCUAUGCAAGAGUUAGUCACUCAAUCUCCAAUUUAUACCCCAACACCCAUACAGGAACCAUCUAUUAUGGAAAGAUUUUUAGCUGUGGCGCGCGGGCGUGGCCGUCAAACAAGGAGUACAGUGCAAUCGACACGUUCUCGACGAAAUCAAAUGGCAGAAAUUGCUGCACGUUCUCCUCAAGUGGAUUUUGUCGAUUUAAUAUCCAGUCCAGUACCUCAUGUAGAGGGAACAAUUUCCUUGGAUUCGGAUGGUGAAUUCGAUAACCUUCAGCCCAUGAGUUUGGGUAGGAAAAAACCCAUUGAAACUCAUUCCUCGUUGGAUAUUUCCAUUGAAGAAGAUAAUCCCGAGAUAUCGGUGAAAAUUAAAUGGAAUGGCAAACCCGAAGCAUUUAAACUUCGUAAAUAUCAAAAGUUCGCUGUGAUAUUUCAAAAAUUGGCUGAACGUGAACAUGCCGAGCAGGAUAAGAUUGUAUUAAAUUUGGAUGAUCGCAUUAUUAAUCCGGAUGAUACACCCGAUUCGAUUGACUAUAAAUUCUUUCAGUUUAUAAAUGGACGUGUUUUAACAAUGAAUUUCAAUUCCCCGGCAGCCAGUGGCAAACCCGGUAUUAACAAAAAACAACGUAACGCCAACCAAAUUAGUCUGAAAAUUCAAUCGGAUAAAUGGAAGAGACCACUACAAAUUGACAUAAAGAAGACUGAUCAUUUUCGUAUUUUAUAUAUAAAAUGUGCGGAGGAAUUAGAUAUUGCAAUGGAUAAGAUUGGUCUAAGUUUCGAUGGUGAAUCCUUGGAACUUUCUGAUACUUCAGCUGAUCUAGAUUUGGAAGGUGGCGAAGUUAUUGAUUUACGUCUCAGAGAAUAAAACAUUUAC